UUUUGAAUUAGAAAUUUAGUUAUACGACAUUGCUUGAAGCGCGCAUAGUUGCUAUAAUGUCUGGAAGAGGUAAAGGAGGUAAGGGACUCGGGAAAGGAGGCGCUAAGCGUCACAGGAAGGUUCUCCGGGAUAACAUCCAGGGCAUCACCAAACCCGCCAUCCGUCGUCUCGCUCGCCGCGGCGGAGUCAAGCGUAUCUCCGGUCUGAUCUACGAGGAGACCCGCGGUGUAUUGAAGGUGUUUCUGGAGAACGUGAUCCGCGAUGCUGUCACCUACACCGAGCACGCCAAGAGAAAGACCGUCACCGCCAUGGACGUCGUGUACGCGCUGAAGCGACAGGGACGCACUCUGUACGGCUUCGGAGGAUAAACUCAUCUGUACACUCACAAACACCCAACGGCUCUUUUAAGAGCCACCCACAUUUUCAGAAAGAGCUGUAUUCAUAAUGUUCUCUGAAGUAUUUUGUGAUCAAUUUAAAGUGUAGUCCAAGGUUUUUUUUAA